AUGGGGUACGUCUUGAGAGUAAGAUUGGCUUCUUUCUUCGCCGGAGCUGCGACUGCGUCUUUUAUCGGUCUCUCUGUUCUCUACAAGGAUUACAAGGUCGCUCACGAAUCGAUUUCUCAGCAGGCAAAGGCUUUUCAUGACUCUCUGGAUAGAAGGAUCUCUACUCUUGAAAGCUUGAGACAAAGUGAAGCUCCCCAGCUUGUUGAGUCAACUGAUUAG